UAGUCUUCAUAAGUUACAGAAUCGACGGCACUGGUCGCGAACAGAUCCAACCAAGAUCACUAAUAAUACUACGAACGACUACGAACUUUACGAGUAAAUUUUUGUUACAUUUUAAGAAUUUUAACACUAUUAACACCGAAACGCGUGUUUAUCUUAAUUUCUCGUAUGCAUGACAUAUAUUGGUGGUUCAUUAACGCUAUCAUCAUACAAAAUGUUGGCAUUGGAGCGCAUACCUGAUCAAACCGGAUACUUAGUAUUAACUGAGGAUGGUGCUGUACUAACAUCUGGAGGAGAUUUAGAAAAUGAUGAAAGAGUGGCAAACAUUAUCAGUAGUUUGAUCACGCUAACAACUAAAAUAGAUUCCAAGGCAUUUCCUUCACAUGAUCCCUUUGAUAAAAUAUCAAUCAAGUACAAGGACCAUUGUUACAUUGUAUGCCUCUCCAACAAGAAGAUUUAUGUAGUGAAGAGGAGUUUGCCAUCUCCUACUAUGGCAAUUGUUGAGCAGCAGCUCAUUGUUGAUGUUUAGAUACGAAUGCUUAAUACCCAUAGAACAAUAAAUUUAUUCUUUGUAAGCUUUGAUAUUCAACACAAGUUCAAUUUCUUCAAUUAUCGUGGAAAUCUCUAUUCACUGUUGUCUAUAGGAAUAUAUGUAUUCUAAGAAUGAAAUUAGUGCAGUGUAAUUUUAGGAAAGUUUACAUACCUCCGUUAGCCUAUGUUCGAUGUCUAUGCAUUGGAGAUUGAGGAUUGUAAAUUGAAGAUCAAAAUUUGAUCAAUUAUUUUUAAUUUUGAUUCAUUUUGAUUGAUUAAAAUUUAAUCUUCAAUCCUCAUAAUGCAUAGUUUAAUAUAGGCUUUAUGAGUAAAACAUUCUUCCAACAUUAAUGAAAAUUAUACAUAGUUACUAUCAGCUCUGAAAUAUAUUUUUUAUCAAGAUA